AUGUUUGUGCAGCUUGGAGGACCUGAUAAAGUUGCAGAAAUCACUGGGAGGCGAGGCAUGCUUGUUCGGACCUCUGAUGUGAAAGGUGUCACAUAUCAGUCACGCAGCACAAAGGAUGUACCCAUGGAAAUGGUCAAUAUGCAUGAGAAGCAGCUCUUCAUGGAUGGUAAGAAGCUGGUUGCAAUCAUUUCUGAAGCUGGAUCAGCUGGUGUUUCUUUGCAGGCAGACAGAAGGGCAGUAAAUCAGAAAAGAAGAGUUCAUUUAACACUAGAACUACCGUGGAGUGCUGACCGUGCAAUUCAACAAUUUGGAAGAACUCACCGGUCAAAUCAAGCUUCUGCACCUCAGUAUAGGUAGAGAUUGCAUUCUAUUUCUAAUCUGAGUUGUAAUAACAUUAU